AAAUCUGAUGUUCCGCGGCGAGCCGCGGUCGCUGCCAAUUUGGCUCGUCGACGCCGACGAUGUGUCUCGAGUCGAGCCGCUGGCGCCAGCGCUGACGGCCCGGAUGCAUCUCAACAACCUCCAGAGCGCGCCCGAGAUCCUCGAGAUUGGCUGCCUCCUCGUGCUGUGGGGCCUGCCUGUCGACCUCGUCAACGCCAUCCUCGACACCGCCGGCGCCGUCCUCGAGUGCCGAGAAGAGUCCGACGCGACGCUCUAUGGGCGCGCACCGCUCAACUUGGAGUGCUUGCGGCUAGACGUGCCAGCGAUGGACUGCGAUGGCCUCGAGAUCCUUCGCCCCGUCGCCGUCAUCCUCGAGACUGUCUCGCGCGACCAAGGGUGGGCCUCGGAUGCGCCAGAGCUCAACAACUCGUACGUGGGCUGCCACAGCUGGAUCGAGUACCACGUGCAAAAUGUGCUGGGCCACGACCUCGUUCGGACGUCCUGCGCCAACUUCCGGGCGUGCGAGCACUACCACCGGCACCUCACGUACGUCACAGCGCACGACGUGCUAUCGCUUGUCGCGCCCGGUACCUCGAUUGCGCUGCGCCUGCGGGCGCAGUACGGUGGCUGGAGCAACCAUAUUCAGUACGCUCGCAUCUCGGUAGUCGCGUCAGUGGCCUUGCGCGAAGACGUCGACGCCCGGGCCGUCCUCGCUGCGGUGACGUUAAACCGACCGCCUUUUACUGUCGACGCCCCGGCAUCGUCUGCAUGUGUGCUGAUGUGAGCUAUCAAGUAGUCCAUAGCUUAUUAACGCGUUCAAGUCCGUC